AUGAAGAUUAUUGUAGUCAUCGAACACCGAAAAUACCAUUUUUUCUCAGCGUAUGCUCCACAGACUGGAUGCUCCGACCAAACCAAGGACAAGUUCUGGAAUCUGCUAGACGAAAAGACAGCUGAAGUACCGUUACAAGAAGCAGUAAUUGUUACGGGUGACCUCAAUAGUCAUGUAGGUGCUUCUAAAGACGGUUAUUGCUGUCAUGGUGGUUUUGGAUAUGGGUCACGUAACACUGAUGGCGAACGAAUUCUUGUAUAUGCAGACUCGCAUAAUCUCGCCAUUGUAAACACGAAAUUCCGUAAACGUGACUCUCAUCUCAUCACCCUCUAUAGCGGUUUUACAGAACACAAAUUAAUUUCGUCCUUGUCAGGCACCGCGAUCAGGGGCUCGUAA